UUUCUGCAAGAGGCUGAGAUUAUGGCUCAGUUUCAGCACCCUCAUGUCGUUGAGCUGCAAGGAGUCUGUCUGCAAGAGCAGCCCUGGCUCUUGAUUCAGGAGCUUUCAAGUUAUGGAGACUUUGACAACGUCUUACGCACGGCACGCAUGCGAGAUAUGGCCUUGACUCAGACUGAAGCCCUGCACUUUAUCAACCAGCUGGCGGCAGCCUGCUCCUAUGUUCUGAGCAAAGGUGUUCUUCAUCUCGACAUUGCUGCACGCAACUUGCUUCUUUUUGAAAGGAACACACUAAAGUUGGCUGACUUUGGGAAUGCCCGGCAGUUGCCUCAAGGCAAAAAGUACAUUCAGUUGGAGGAGCCACCAAAAGUUGCCGCACGCUGGCUUGCUGUUGAAGCAAUGACACAACUCCGGUUUAGCGAGGCUAGCGAUGUUUGGGCUGCUGCUGUAGCAGCGUGGGAAAUUCUUUCCAUGGGGACCAAGCCCUACCCGGACACACACUUUUUGCAAGUCAUGCGCGUUGUCGUUGCGGGUGAGCGGUUACCGCAAACCGAACUGUGCAGCGAUGAUCUGUAUGCAUUGCUUCUCAAAUGCUGGGAUGUUAAGCCCGACCGUCGCCCCAGCUUUGCCGACCUCUUGACAAAGGUC